CCAGACUUAACAGAGGGGGGCAGCUCCAGUGUUUUUUUUUUCUUUCUUACAAUACAUCCAGAGCCCAUAUUUUAACAUAACGGUGUAUGGUUGCCCGGUGACGUCAGCGUCCCAGCCAAGGAGUCCCAUUUUUUUGGAGCAGCCUGUGGAAAGAAAUCAAGCAGGAUGCUUUUCACUCUCAGUCCGCUGUGCUGCAGACUAACUUUCAGUGCAGAUGGCUCAAAGUAGUGUGAAAGUUGAAGCAACCGGACGAUGUUUCGAAGAGCGGCGGUGUUGAAGAGAGCCGACGAUGGAAACGUUGACUCCGGAGCUGAAACUGCCGAAUCUGACUGCAGCAGGAUGUCGUCAUCUGGCAUUGAGCUCAUGACCAGUCGGGUCAGGCAGCAGCGGCAUCCGCAGCUCCUUCUAAUGAACUUGCAUCUGCUGGCCAACCCUGGAGACUCACUGCUACUGCAGCACACCCUGGAUCGCCUCCUCCGCUGGCUCUGCCCAAGCCUUCGCAUCUUCCAUGUGUCAGAGAGGGCGGCCCCGUUCAGAAGUUACACCCGCCUCUGUCCUGUGGCAGGCUACCCUUCUGUGGCCAUCACCUUUUUCCUCCAUGAGGCCUACGGAGAGGAACGAAUCCUCAAAGUGCUGGACUUCUUUCAGCGUCCACCCUGGCAGUACCACCAUACCGAGAGCUGCGGCAGCCGAACUGGAGGGAUCCACAUCACAUCCAGCAGCUCCCCUGCCAAUGCCAUGCUGCGGCCCUACCUCCUGCCUAGCAGAGACUUCUAUAGUUUGGGUGCAGGCAUGCCUGUGUGGGGGGUUCGACCAGUGCACUGUGGAGGAGAAAUAUUACGUGUGACACUGUAUAGUGGAUAUGACAACUACGAAGAUGCUGUGCGGCUGUAUGAGACCGUGCUGCAAAGACAGGCAGAGGAACAGAAGACAGGCUUCUGCUGGUUCACACUCCACACAGAGCCUGGGCUGUGCCUGCAGCUGGCUUUAAAACAGUUGUCACCAGGGGUCCGAGUGGAGCCAUGCAACUCUGCCGUGCUGCAGUUUAGUGUGGAAGAAAUUGGCCAGCUAGUCCCUCUGUUGCCCAACCCCUGUACCCCCAUCAGCACUACACGCUGGCAGACAGAAGACCUGGAUGGCAACAAGGUUCUCUUCCAGGUGAAAACCCCGGCUCAGCCUCAGCGACCUCUGACCUGCGCUUUCCCCCUGACCUGCCCCAGUGUGUCCCCUCGAGGAAUACAGCUCAGGAGCUCAGGACAGAGCCACAGCUUGUCGCCCUGCAGCUUCACAACACCCCUGCCCUGGCAGACACACAGGCAAGGCCACAGACCGCGCAGUGACCCUGUCCUGGAGAAGCUUCAUGGAGGUAGUGGUGGAGCAGAGAGCCAGGGAUCAGGAAGCUGCUGUAGCACCCCUCCAGGCAGCUCCUGUUACUCAUCGCAGCGCAGCAGCCCUGCACCGCCCUCAAUCACCAAUCACCCUGACUCUCCUCUGCGCCCCUCCAUCACCCGUUCUCUCUCCCAUCUCCUUCUGGAAGAGGAUGAGGAGGAGCCAGAGACCAACGUAGACACAGGAGUCCCCGUCUCGCUGCACUCUGACGCAGGAGUCAAAAUAAUCACUCGCUCUUCCUCCAUGGACCUUUUGAUGGCUCUCCACCCUGAGAGACCUGCAGCUGUUGGGGCUUCAGCUGUUGAGGGUCUGGCCAAGGAGCUGAUUGAAUGUCUGCCACAGACACACGCACAUCCUCAGGUGGCCUCCAGGACAUGGGGCUCCACUGGAUGUACAGAUGCAGCCAGGAAGGACUGUGGCAGCAGGACUGUAGCAGCAGGACAGAGCCCCUCUAAAGGGACCUUUCUGGAGAGCAGGACUACUGCUGUGCUGCUGUCAGCACGCACUAACAACGAGGAGCCAGUCGAUGAGUUCUUCAUCUAAAUUCCUGCAAUUAUGUCACAUGCUGUGGUAAUAAUCACAGUGUGAAUAAAAACGUGUCACAGGGAGGAGACAAGAUGAGAAACCGUUUAAAGAGGAUCUGAAGUUAUGCAGGACACAGCUGUGCAGUCUGGGAAAAGAGCAGUGCUCUGGAAUACAGAAGAAACCAAAGUUCAGCUGCAGGUGACACUUUGCACUCAGACAUGACUCUGUGUCUGAACUCUUACAAUGGUUUGACUUGUCCCAUAAAUGUCUAUAAUUUACAGUACAAUUGUUUAAACCUAUUCUAACACAGCUGCCAAGAGAGCGAUACACAGUGAGUGAUGUUUAAAACAGUGCAGCUAAUAAUAUUCUUGAAUGUCUCACUGACUUUUAUUUUUAGAUCCAACUAAUGAUUUGUGCAGCUAUUGUGCUAAAACAUAGCUUCAUGAACAGGAGAUGCUCUGUAUGAAGUGUUACUGUCAGGGUACUAAUGCCGCUCUGGGUUUCUGUCACAUUACUCAGCUCGGCAAGCAAACGUUUUAUUUUUCGAUUGCAUCUGAAACGGUUGAUGAGCUCAGCGUGAAGGCUCUCUUUGAUGAUGCUGUUGAUGGUGAUUAGAAGUCUGAUAUAGUGUGAUUGCUCUCCACAGUACAGCACUGUCAGUCUGUGUUACAGGCUUUAUGUAGUAACAGUUGAGCCUAGUGGCUUUCGAUUACAUUUGUUUAAAUGCACUUCAGAUUGUCUUUACUCUAGUAUUAGUGUGUUAAAAUGUAUAAGUGGUGGACUAGAGCUGGCCAAAUUACUGUAUUGAAGAGGACUGAAUUUGUCACAUAAUUAUUUUUUAUCCCCUCAGAUAGCCUAGAGUUAACAGGAUUUAUUUUAAAAUAACCACUUAAAGAGAACAUUUGGACUUUACAAAAAAAAAUUGUAAUACAUGUUUGUAAUAUUAAUCCAACAAUGAGUGUGUGCGAUGUCUCAAACAGCCUAAAUGUGUCCUGACAUGUCUAGAAAUGUUACUGUAAGGCCAGUAUGGACUCGCACUGAUCAGUUACAACAGAUGAUUGAUAGUGAUGAUAGUGAUUAAAUUUGACAAGUCUGAUAAAAGGUAAUAAUGUUUUGUGAGAAGAGGAAAGUACUAUGCAUUUAAUGACCUCAUAACUCAGGUCAUAUUAGUCUCUUCUGUAACACCAAUUACUUCACAUCUUCUCCUGUUGACUAAGGCCCUGUCUACACCUAUACAGAUACUUUUGAAAACAUGUAUUUUCCCUUCUGUUUUGGCCUGUCAUCUACACACUAACCACGUUUUAGGGAAUUGAAACAGAUUUUUAGAGCACCUUUAAAAGUGCGUUUUCUUUUCAAAGCUCUGGUUGCUGUUUAUCCUUGUGGACAUGUAAAAAGGAGCAACAGAAACAUUAACAAGGAUGACCGGUUUGUCUACGUUUUAUUAGUGCUGCUUAUUUUAACGACUACUAUACAUUUAAACCUAGUAGUGCUGCACUAUUUCACGUAUGAAAGGAGCUGUCUGCUUUACCUAAAGUUAUUUGGUUCACCAGAAAUGACGGUUUUGGAUCAGGCCUGGUCAAACCACCAGAUAGUGGGUAAGUUAGGAGAGCUGGAUUGUUGUCAGUAAUGAGUGAAAGGAAAACUUUUGCAUGUCCAGAUCAUCAGUUGUAUCGCUGAGUUAGCUCCGUCUCUCUGGAAGGGGAAUCAAUGGUGAUCAGAUGUCGGUCGGUCGUCAUUUUGACCGACGUUAGCCUGUGCAGUUUACAAUCUUUGCAACAAGAGAAGACAGCUAACGCCAGAAGAAAACGCUCUUCUUUGUGGAGUCAUUUUUGUUGUGUAGUGUGGACAGAGAUAUUCUGUAAAACAAAAGCCGUGUGGACAAAAAACAAAAAGAAACAAAGGUGGCAAAUAUCCGUUUUGAAAAUAUUCAUGUAUGUGUAGACGGGGCUAAAACUAUCAACUGUGGCCAAUGACCUUUUAAGUUAAACCCACUAACAGAUGAACCUGAGUCUGGUAUUCUCUGGUGCAUUACAGCCCGUGUUGGAUGAAAUGCAUAUAUUUAAGGUUGUACAGUAUGAGCUGCCCCUGUGCAGCUGCUCACUGGUCAGCAGGACACUGCAGGGAGUGUUUGUAACUGUGUAUUGUGUAUGAGUGUUAAAGCAGCUCAGUCAGAAAGCAUCAACUGUGUCUAAAAUAAAGUGUCUUGAGGCUUAGUAUUAAAAGAUAAAUUAAUAAAAAGCUUUCUCUUGUGGUCAGAUCAUGAAGCAUU